CAAAAAUGAAUACUGCGUGUAUUCCAAGUAUUCCAGUAAGCAGUGAACAACGGUACAAUGAACAUGUCUGUGCCUGUCGCCACAACGUCACAACAAAGUGAUCAGCCAUUGAUAUUGCUGAGCAAAUCGAAUCCCGUAUUCUGUUGCUAUCUCUUCUGGAGCAGUCUGCUCAUCAUCAAGAUGCUCUUAAUGUCCUUACUGACGGCAAGGCAACGCAUCAAGACCAAAACAUUUGCCAAUCCCGAGGAUCUGCGCAUGGGACGCACUCCAGAGGUGCGAUUCAACGAUGCCAACGUGGAACGCAUGCGACGCGCGCAUCGCAAUGACCUGGAGAACGUGCUGCCAUUUCUGCUGAUGUCUCUGGCGUAUGUGGCCAGCAAUCCACAUCCGCUGACCGCCAAGAUGCUCAUCCGCAUUGGCGCCAGUGCUCGACUUUUGCACACCAUUGUUUAUGCUUGCAUUCCGCUGCCGCAGCCGACGCGAGCUUUAAGCUUCUUUAUUACCUUUGGCAUUGUGAUCUUUGAGGCAUUCUAUGUGCUCAUCUGUGCCAUUAAGUACAUUUAAAGCGGAGAGC